GUUGUGUUUUAAGUUUCAAAGCUGGCAACACACGUGUGCAAUAAACGUGCUUGUUAUUGAUAAGAUUUACAUAUCAUCAUCUAAACCCUUAAUAUUUUAAAAUGGUUGCUCAAAACAACGAUGAAAUGAAGGCGCUGGCAGUCAAGCUCUUCGAAAUCAAUGCAUUUAAAUUUGGCGACUUUAAGAUGAAGGUGGGCAUUAAUUCGCCGGUGUACUUUGAUUUGCGCGUUAUUGUCAGUUAUCCGGAUGUGAUGCAAACUGUCGCUGAUCUGCUAGUUAGUCACAUUAAGGAGCAACAGCUUAGCGCGAAGCAUGUCUGUGGCGUCCCUUAUACGGCUCUGCCGCUGGCGACGCUCGUCUCAUUGCAGCAGCAUACGCCGAUGUUGGUGCGCAGGAAGGAGGCGAAGGCGUAUGGCACGAAGAAGCUCAUUGAGGGCAUUUAUCAUGCCGGAGAUACGUGCCUUAUUGUGGAGGAUGUGGUGACCUCCGGCUCAAGCAUAUUGGAUACGGUGCGGGAUCUGGAGAGCGAGGGUAUUGUGGUCACCGAUGCCGUAGUUGUUGUGGAUCGGGAGCAGGGCGGAUCGGCCAAUAUAGCCAAGCAUGGAGUGCGUAUGCAUUCCCUCUUCACGCUUUCCUUCCUGCUGAACACGCUGCGCGAGGCUGGCCGAAUCGAGAAGGCCACGGUGGACGCAGUGGCCAAAUAUAUUGCGGCCGUACAGAUAAACAGCGAUGGCUCGUUUGUGGGCGAUAAGCCAGAUGUGGUCGGAGUCAAUGACUUUGUUCGCACCAAAAUACCUUUCGAGAGUCGUGCUAAUUUGGCCAAGAGUGCGGUAGCCAGGCGGCUAUUCAGUCUAAUGGCCAGCAAACGAACUAAUCUUUGUUUGGCCGCCGAUCUGACGAAAGGCGAUGAAAUUUUGGAUAUCGCUGAUAAGUGCGGUCCCUACAUUUGUCUGCUGAAAACACAUAUAGACAUUGUCGAGGACUUCAGCGAGAGCUUCAUUGCCAGCUUGAAGGCUUUAGCCGCACGUCACCAGUUCCUGCUGAUGGAGGAUCGCAAAUUUGCCGAUAUAGGCAACACGGUGUCUUUGCAGUACGGCAAGGGAAUCUAUAAAAUCAGCAGCUGGGCGGAUCUGGUGACAGCGCAUACCCUGCCUGGUCGGAGUAUUUUGCAGGGCUUGAAGGCGGCACUCGGCGGCGAGGAUGCUGCCGGUGGUGAUGUGGCAGCCGAACGUGGCGUCUUCCUGCUGGCCGAAAUGUCCGCCAGCGGCAAUUUAAUUGACGACAAAUACAAGGAGACCAGCAAUAAGAUUGCCACCGAGGGUGGCGAUGUAGACUUUGUGGCCGGCGUCGUCUGCCAAUCGGCCAAUUGUUUUGCCUUUCCCGGCCUCAUCCAACUGACGCCGGGCGUCAAGAUAGACGAGAGCGUCGACAAACUGGGCCAACAGUACCAAACCCCCGAGCAUGUGGUCAAGGAACGUGGCGCCGACAUAGCUGUGGUGGGGCGUGGCAUUUUGCAGGCCAAGAAUGUGGCCCAGGCGGCACAAACCUAUCGCGAUCGCCUCUGGACAGCAUACACAGAGCGUGUGGCCAAGUAGGACCACUAAGCACCUACUAUAACUUACCUCUUGAAUUCCAUAAACAAUAUUUUUAUUAAAAGCUAUAGAAAACUUC